AUGUCCUCAUCCCACGCGUCACUGGAUGCGGCAUCCGCCGACCGCAAAGCCCGCCUGGCCAAGCUCGCUGCGCUGAAGCGCAAGCAACCCGAACCAGAAGAUUCCGCAGAUGCAGGUGCUACCGCAGAUGAAGCAGUCGAUACUACACCCGAUAUUACAACAACCUUCCUCUCUGGUCGCAAUUAUGACGCUGAGACCCGCGGUCCGAAGUUGGGAUUUGAACAUGGCCCUCAAGAGGGACAAGUGACGUUAGAAGCCCAAGCCGCCGAAAUUGCACAAGCUGUGAAGGAGCAGGGCCAGAAAGAUGAAGAAGCCGACCAACCGAUUGAUCUAUUCAAGCUGCAACCAAAGAAACCCAACUGGGACUUGCGACGGGAUCUCGAUGAGAAACUCAGGACCCUCAAUGUGCGGACGGAGAAUGCCAUUGCCCGGCUGGUGAGGCAGCGGAUAGAAACUGCGCAACACGCAGCAAAAGAACGAGGAGCACCUAUCAAUGGUGAUGGAGGUGAGGAAGUGGGUAUCGAGGGUGAAAUGCUGGUAGAGGGAAUUCAUAUGCGAGAGCAGGAAGAAGCCGACGAGGAGGAUACGAUUUGA